AACAAUCACAUUUUGACUAUUUUUGGUGGCCAAAAGUCUUAAAGAGUCCUACACAAGUCGUUGUGUUGUGAACAAGACUCAUGUUUUCAGUUGCAUCAUUUCUACUAGAAAAUACUUGGGGAAAUUCGUUGGUUCCAGCUGCUAAGUUUUUGGAAGACAUCGAUAAAGUUGUGGAAGAACAUGGUGGGAUCAGUAUCGUUUUUCAAGCUUUAGAGCAGUUGUACACACGUUACAAAAUUCUAGACUCUAGUCUUUCUAGACAAAAGAGGAGUUUUCAAGAGAAAAUUCCAGACUUGACCAACGCGCUACAAGUUGUUCGCUGGUUACAAUCUUCAGGUGAUGGAGAACAAAAGGAACCUAUGGAAACUACUUUUGAGUUGGCGGAUAACGUAUAUUCGACAGCUUGGGUGAAGAAUCCUCAAGUAGUUUAUUUGUGGUUGGGUGCUAAUGUUAUGGUGGAAUAUUCAUUUGAAGAGGCGGAAAGUCUUUUGAAGGAAAAUCUUGAUGGUGCAAGAGACAAGAUACAACAGUUGGAAAAAGAUUUGGCUUUUUUGAGAGAACAAAUGACAACUACUGAAGUUAAUAUUUCGAGAGUUUAUACAGCACAAUUGAAGAAGCAAACAAGUAACGUGGCGUAAUGCUCAAUGCUUUCCACUGAUCG